AUGAAGACUUUUGCGCUGAUCUCGAUUGCUCUGGGCUUGCCCGGCGCAAUCGCUGUUCCUGGUGGGCUUAAUUCCGAUGAUAUCACAUUCGCGGGCGUGCAACGAGCUCUCCCCAAUGCGCCCGACGGCGCAGAGAAGCUGUCCUCGAACGAGACAUCAUGGCUAAAGGUUCGCCGCGGCAAGACCCUGGCGGCGAUGAAGGAUUUCUUCGGUCAUGUGAAAGUCGGUGAUUAUGACGUUGCUGGCUACCUCGAUAAACACUCCGGGAACUCGUCAAACCUCCCAAAUAUCGGUAUUGCCGUUUCGGGCGGUGGAUGGCGUGCGCUGAUGAACGGUGCCGGUGCGGUCAAGGCUUUCGAUAGUCGGACGUACAAUUCGUCGGCCACUGGGCAUUUGGGUGGUCUACUGCAGUCUGCGACCUAUAUCUCUGGUCUGAGUGGAGGCAGUUGGUUGCUGGGUUCAAUUUACAUCAAUAACUUUACUACCAUCGAUCAGCUGCAGACGCACAAGGAUGGUUCCAUCUGGCAGUUUGGAAACUCGAUCCUCGAGGGUCCUGAUACCGGUGGUAUCCAGCUUUUGGAUUCUGCCAAUUACUACAAGGAACUUGUUGACGCUACUGAGGCGAAGAAGAAGGCUGGCUUUGAGACUUCUCUCACUGAUAUUUGGGGCCGCGCACUCUCCUAUCAAAUGUUCAACUCUACCAACGGUGGAGUCAGCUAUACCUGGUCUUCCAUUGCCGACACCCCUGCGUUCCAGGAUGGAGACUACCCCAUGCCGUUUGUUGUUGCAGAUGGUCGUAACCCCAACGAGCUGGUCGUUGGCGGCAACGCGACCGUCUAUGAGUUCAACCCCUGGGAGUUCGGCACCUUUGAUCCUACGAUCUUUGGUUUCGCUCCUCUCAAGUACCUGGGCUCUAAAUUCGAGGGCGGCUUGCUUCCGAAAAAUGAGAGCUGCAUCAGUGGUUUCGACAAUGCUGGUUUCGUGAUCGGAACCUCCUCCACCCUCUUCAACCAGUUCCUUCUCCGGAUUAACACCACUUCGCUCCCCAGCUUCAUAAAGGAUGUGUUCACCGACAUCUUGCACGGGUUGGACAAGGAUCAAAACGACAUCGCUGCUUACGACCCCAACCCCUUCUAUAAAUACAACGAGCACUCCUCGCCGUAUGCUGCGCAAAAAAUGUUGGACGUCGUUGAUGGCGGAGAGGAUGGACAGAACGUCCCUCUGCAUCCUCUUAUCCAGCCUGAGCGCCAUGUCGAUGUCAUUUUCGCCGUCGACUCCUCGGCCGAUACCGACUAUUUCUGGCCAAACGGUACAUCCCUCGUUGCAACCUACGCGCGCAGUCUGAACAGCAGCGGUAUUGGCAACGGCACCGCCUUCCCUGCGGUUCCAGACCAGAACACCUUCGUCAACCUGGGCCUCAACACCCGCCCCUCUUUCUUUGGCUGUGAUAGUGCCAACCAGACCGGACCGACACCUCUCAUCGUGUACAUCCCCAAUGCCCCUUACUCCUUCCAUUCCAAUAUCUCAACCUUCCAAUUGAGCACCGACAACACUGAGCGUGACAACAUCAUUCUCAAUGGCUACGAGGUUGCCACUAUGGGCAACAGCACCCUUGACAAGGACUGGUCAACCUGUGUUGGCUGUGCGAUCCUCAGCCGCUCGUUCGAGCGCACGGGUACCAAACUCCCGGAUAUUUGCAACCAGUGCUUCAAUCGGUACUGCUGGAACGGCACUGUGAACUCCACCACGCCUACAUCUUAUAAUCCAGCCUAUUAUCUGUCUGAGAGUAUGGCCUCGGUUAAUUUGCCUACUCUGCUGUCCACAGUUGUCGCAGCCGGCCUGGCCAUGUUCGUCCUGGUGUAA